AUGGAUGACCUCGGAAUCGAGCCCGUGUACUUACUCAAAGAUCGUCACAUUCCAGCAGUAACGCAAGAGACUGGCGCAAAUAAUCUCAUUGUCGCUAGAGGAUUGAAACACGCGUAUCAUAAAUUUUGCCAAAAGAAGCUGAAAGAGACGCUUUCGGAUUUCCUCCCUGAUCUUCCUGGUGUUCAAAACACCCCUGCAGAGAGUGGAACUGGCAUCAGAGCAUUGAUAGAAGGACCUCAGCCCAUCGCAAAGCCACUUGAAUAUCUAACUGCUAAUCAAAUGGAAAGCUUUCGUCUCCAAUCGUCGAAUGUGGGUGCAACUGCACUGCCUGAAAAACUAGUAGAAGAACUUCACACAGCCCCUAGAAGAAAGCGGAAAAAAGACAAAUCGAGUAAAGACAAAUCAAAAGACCCGAAGAAAAAGAAGGAGAAAAAAGACAAAAAAGAUAAGAAGAAAGAUAAGAGAGAGAUCUCAUAA